CCUUCAAGUCAACACCCAGAGCACAGUGAACAAUAUGCUUCUAUGACGCCAUUCCUGUGCGACGGGCCUCAGUACAGUGCAGUUCUGCAAGCAGAAACUGGAGAUGGGUGAGUCGCUGCUGAGGACCAUGGUAUCAUUGAACUAUAAUUUACGGACUUGAAUAACACCGUUACAAACUAUCAGCACGUUCCUUCUGCAGAGUCACGGUGUUUGCAAGAGGACGUCUUAUACUGUCUGCCGUUGUUAGUUUUAAAGCUAGCAGGCUAAUGUUAGCUCGCGGUGCCAGGCCCAGCAAAGAGUUGACUUCAUUGUUUUUGUCAGCGACGCCACUUAAACAUAAAUGAAGCAGAUGUCAUAGGUUCCUCUGGACUCAUUGCUCUAAUAUACUCUACCAACAAAUCCAGUCAGAAUUUGACGCCUUUAGUAGCACAUUAAACGUUAGCAUAGCCUGUAAACGUUAGCUAACUGAAUUAAAGCUAGCUAACUACUUCAAAAUCAUGACUUCCCGGAGGACAGGCUAUGCUGCUAGCAUGGACUCCUCUUCAAAUAGCGGCAGCGGCUCGGUACACGGUGGAAACCGUAAACAGAGUAUAAUCAACAUCCCCGACAGGACCGGCGGAGAGUCCUGUUAUGAUCGGAAAGGAGCUCCGCACGGCAGCAUGACCGUAACGUCUCUGAAAUCACGGCUCGCCCCGACCAUUCAAACCGCCAUGUCCGCUGCAGUCGACACUCUUCUGGGCGAAGUGGUGCUUGUGCUCAACGAGACCCAACAAGAGUUGCUACACAAGGAACAAGAGAAUGAAAGACUCAAAGUGCGUCUGGAGGUGUCGGAGAGGGAGUUGAAGACUUUACAGGAGUGUCUGUGUAGCGCUCAGAAGCUCAUAGACCAACUGCAGAUCUCAUACACGGGCUCUCCGUCCAUUAGUCAGUCCGUUUUCGCCCCAUCUCUGUCUUCCAUGGCUUCAAUGGCUUCAGGCUUGGACCGGGACCACCAAAGCGGCCGAAAUGUGAACGGAGCCGGUGUUGACUUGGGUCUCGGUGGCUCUGUGGAUGAUUCGCUUCACGAGUUUGAGCAGAGAGACGACUACAAAAUGUGCCAGCUUUCAAUUCAACCCGAUGGCUCUGUGACUAACCACGCACUGGACUCCUUUACUUCCAACACUUCUCACAUGUGCUCCGACUCCAGCAGACCAGAUGAGCGGCAGAGUCAGGGUCUAGGUGGUGCGUCCAGAUUUGAGAUUAAAGAGGAGCAGGGACCCAUUUCAGGCUCUGGUCAGCCCAGCAGGAAGGAGCCUGGAUUGCGUAAUGACAACCGGGUCGGGGAUGGUGACCUUGGCUAUGUUCAAGUUGGAGGGGAGGGAGGUUCCCAGCGUUCCUUUACUCAUCCCCUGCGUCACCAGCGUCCUGUGCGAGAAUGCGGUGACUUGCAGCAGGGCGGACUUGAUGGACAGAAACAGUUGGCUAGGACUUCUGGAGCCGGGAGAGUAGACGGUGUUUCACCGGGCAGAGCAGAGGACUCUGCAGGACCGUCAGCCUCUGACACCGUAGGUGAGCCCACUCCAGACCGGCCACACCACUGCUUGGAGUGUGGAAAGACUUUCCGUCUGAUCUCCAGUCUGAAGAAGCACAUCCGCAUCCACACCGGCGAGAAGCCCUACCCGUGUGGAGUCUGUGGCCGUCGCUUCCGCGAGUCAGGGGCGCUUAAAACCCACCUGCGCAUACACACAGGUGAGAAGCCAUACUCAUGCUCCGAGUGUGGGAACUGCUUCCGCCACUUGGACGGUUUGCGCAAACACAGGCGCACACACACCGGAGAGAAACCCUACGUGUGUGCCAUCUGUGGGAAGCGCCUGAGCCGCUUGCAGCACCUCAAACACCACCAGCUCAUCCACACCGGGGAGAGACCGUGCUGCUGCCCCUUUUGCAACCGCAGCUUCAAGGAGCCCGCAGCGCUGCGGAAACACAUCCGCACGCACCGUGAGGAAGGCGGUCACAUGGGGAUUGCUCCCAGCGAUGACACGGACCCAGACGCCAUGGAUGACAUUAACAACCUCCACCCAGCAGCGCCGUCCCCUCAGAUGAGGUUCGGGGAGUGGGGACCUGAGGAGGACGACAGCUCGGUGGUGGACUGUGUGUAGGAGGUGAUUAAUAAAGGAGUAACUGUCUGCUAGUAUUCUACCCACAGAACCUACUUCGGGUGGAAAAACAUGGAAGGUGUUUGUGUAGUUUGUAAACAUGAUGGAUAAGGUCUUCUGGGAUGCUGUAUGCAACAGGUAUACUGUUGAAGUGUGAAGCUGCUUAUAGCCCAAGCCUUUGAGCUUCGUUUAUAUUUGGCAUUUUCAUGCUCUUAGAUGUAAAAAUAACGUUUUAAAAUAUCCACUGUACAUUCUUCAACAACAACUAUAUUUGUGUUGGACCUUCAUCAAGUGGCAGCAGCAGCGUACAGGUUGUUCUUGGCACAGGGAGUUACGGGGUUUGCUAACUUCUGGCAAUCAUUUGGGAAAUUGAUGGCAGAAGUGGACGCAGAGCUGUUUCCUCACUUUAAAAAUAUAAGUGCCUUGAACACUCACUCAACCAUCAACUGAGUCACUGCCGCUGCUGUUUAAGAUGUUUCCCUCCUGGAUUUCUAGUCAGGAAAGUUACGUUACGAUUCUGGUCAUGAGUUUUUAAAAAUAUUUUUCACACAUUAAAGAGAUUGGAUUUGCUUUAUUAUUAGUUAUCUUCAGUUACUGAUUUAAGACACACUGAGCGGCUCAAAUAGACGGAAAUGGAUCCAUCGGGCUGGUUCAUGUUUCAUGUGGGAACGAACAUGCAGGAGCACAGACUAUGGCGCUAUGGACUAAACCAAAUAUCACAGUAUAAUGGGCUCAACUUUUUGACUUUCUUGAUAAAGUGAUUGCAUUUGAGUUGGGUCGAUGGUGCUUUUACACAAACAGCUUAAUUAAGAAUUCAAAGAAUUUCAACUUUUUCACUUCAAUGCUUUUAAAAGAAGGAAAAUUAAAAUGUUAAUGGACAUUUUAACCCUUACCCGCCCUAAUAGAUUAAGUUGAGAAAAGUAAAGUAAAAAUAAUUUAUUUAAAAAAUGGUCCUGCUACAAGUGCAGGUAGUCGCAUGGAAAUAUUCAGUGCUUGUUAGUGACCAGAGCACAUUUCUAGAUAUUCUUGUAAUGCAACAGAUGUCGCCACUAUUUUCAAAUUAUGUUUAAUGACUACAAAAACACCAUUCAUAGUGGAGUCCUCAAAUUUAACAGGGUAGCGUGGCCUUGCCGUCUACUCCAAUGAAACCCUCUGUAAGCUAAAACGCUCGCAUAUCAUUUGGACUGCGUUUGCCCUGCUGUGUGAAGCAUGAACCGGUCUCUGUUCAGUCGACAGUGUCGUAUCUCUUCUCUCUCUGCAGGGCCCUCAUCCGUUACACGAUCAGACUGCUGUUAGUCAAGCUGAAGUGUCCAAAAUAUCUUGGAGAUAUCUGUACAUUCAUUUAUCUGUUCAGUCAUUAGAAGAGGGCACAGUGAGCAUGCACCCAGCUCAACAGCUUAAACACUAUUGGACUGUUUCUCCAGUCUUGACCAUCAUCCCUCUCUUAUGGACCAUAUGCUAGCAUUCCAUUUUUUUUGUUCAAGCUGCUACUGUUUGUCUGGAAAGCUUUUCCUUUUCUGGACUUGUAUUAUUGUAACCAGCCAGUCACUAGAAUUUACUAGCGAACAGAUUUUGGUGCUUGCAUGUGCAUAUCUGAUUCUCCGCUGGCGUCUAUUGCCUCCCGGCGGUUUCUGUACAUAAGAAUGUAGAUUUUAGCCAUUUAAUCUGAAUUAAUGAGGGUUAACAUUUGUGGAAAGGUUUAUGUGCAACGAUUAAAAAAAAAAUAAAAAUGCUUUAAAAAUCCUAACAUGCAGUGUAAUUACAUAUAAUCUUAUUAAAAUUCUUCCUGGUGUGACACGACUGAUGCAUCAGGGUUCACAGCAGAGCAUUAAUCUUGUAGGUCUCUGGUGUCCUUUACCAUGUAUACUAUAAAAAUCUCCAUGUAACUAUUCUAUGUACAUUUACAAGUGUAGGUCAUUUUAAAAGGCACUCAAAAAUGUUAACUAUCUGUUACUGUAUACCCAGAAUAAGAUUUGCCAAGGUAGUCUUGAACCCAGAUCAUCAUAUUUAUUGUUUUUUGUAUUUCAUACAAGAGAAGGCCUUUGCAUGUAGGUUUAAACUGAAACAGCAUUCUUCCUUAAAAAGUCAGUAUUAAAUGUGAAAUGAGUAACUUUUUUUAUGCAUCUGUGUUUAACAUAUAUUCCCCCACAUCAGCAUUCAUCCUGUUCCCUGAUGUAAAUGUUAUUAUAUUAAAGGGCCUUGUUUCUA